CCUGUUCAGAAUCCAUCUGAACUGAUUCAUACACGUCUAUAAGACCAGGCUGAAGAGAGCAGAAUGGAGAUGAGGGAGAAUAUAUGUAUAAAUACAAAGAUUAUUGCAGUCAGCAGACCUCGUUCAGAUGACUGUGGCAGUUUGUGUGAAGAAAUUCUUGCAAAUGAGGAGAAGAUGAAGACUCACAUGAACAGAAGCACCAAAGAACCUGAGAACUCAGGGAAUAACACUGAAAGGAGUGGAUGCAACAGACUGGCUACAGUGUGGCUUGGGCUGCUCUGCAUUGUCCUUCUGGUUGCCAUCAUAUUUCUGACUAUAGAGCGAGAGCAAUUACAGACCAGUAACACCAACUUAAUUACAGAAAGAGACCAGUUAAAGACCAGCAACAACAAACUAAUCACAGAGAGAGACCAGUUACAGACCAGUUACACCAACCUGACUAUUGAGAGAGACCAAUUACAGACCAGUUACACCAACCUAAUCACUGAGAGAGACCAGUUACAGACCAGUUACAACACCCUGACUGUUGAGAGAGACCAGUUACAGACCAGUUACACCAACCUGACUAUUGAGAGAGACCAGUUACAGACCAGGUACACCAACCUAAUCACUGAGAGAGACCAGUUACAGACCAGGUACACCAAACUGACUGUUGAGAGAGACCAGUUACAGACCAGUUACACCAACCUAAUCACUGAGAGAGACCAGUUACAGACCAGGUACACCAACCUAAUCACUGAGAGAGACCAGUUACAGACCAGGUACACCAACCUAAUCACUGAGAGAGACCAGUUACAGACCAGGUACACCAAACUGACUGUUGAGAGAGACCAGUUACAGACCAGUUACACCAACCUACUCACUGAGAGAGACCAGUUACAGACCAGUUACAACACCCUGACUAGACCAGUUACAGACCAGUUACAACAGUCUGACUGUUGA